UUCGACCACAGAAAAAGACAGUGCCUUACUGAAUGUUCUGUAUCAUUUUAUACACAAAUAUCUUGUCAAAUGAAACAUGAAAAACCGGUUCUAGUUCCAGUAAUGAUCCACACAAUUAUUAAAGGCAAGAUUGUGAGAGCUGCUGUUCAGCAUCAGUGUAUUGAGCUGUUUGCUCUGACUUCAGGUGCCGUUCGUCACAAUGAGGUUUCUGAUCUCACUGUGUGUGUCUCUACUGCUGCUGAUUAAUGGGCGACGCGGAGUAAACUGCGGCGCUAAUCAAGUCUCGCAAAUGCGCAUGUCGUGCAGCCGUGCAGAGAAGCCCAGUGGCCAAGGACCUGCAACUUCCAGCUCUGAUCCAUGCUAUGAUUAUAACACUCUUGAUGAAUCCUGGAGAGACAUACGGCAAAGCCAAUCCUCUGGAUAUGAUGACACUCUUGUUGAACGGAGUAGCUGGUAUCGGCUGUAUUUGAAUGGAGAAAGUGCCCAGAUGUCUGAGUGGUGUGUGAGUUAUGUGAGAUGUGGUGGUGAAACUAGCCUGUUUCUCAACGGUUCUCAUCCAACAAUUGAGGAUGGAGUGGUGACCCGUGAAGUCCUGGGAACAUAUUGGAACAGUGAUUGCGGCAGCUACAGAUCUACAUCCAUAGUGAAAGUUAAAGCCUGUCCAGGAGAUUAUUACGUCUAUGAAUUUGUCAAGCCCAACAUAUCAGCUCCAGGGCCUAUGUACUGUGCAGUUGCUUUCCAAAGCAUCAGCAGUGAUCCCUGUUACAACUAUGAGUCUCUGGAUCGUCCCUGGAGAGCCAACAAUGAAAGUGGAAAUAACAUUUGUGAUGAAUCUUUCUCCUGGAAUGGCUGGUAUCGGCUUUUCUACUACAGAAUGGACAUCCGGAUGUCAGAGACCUGUGUUAGUUCAUUCACCUGUAACACAUACAUCAAUCUGUGGCUCACUGAUCCUCACCCUCAAAUAGAGGAUGGGGUGGUGAUCAGGGAGGUCUGUGGUAGUUAUCAUUUGGGAGACUGCUGUGAAUACAAUUCAAACCCCAUCAGAGUCAAAGCUUGUCCUGGCAAUUACUAUGUCUAUGAACUUGUGAGUCCACCAUUUGGAUGUGUUGGAUAUUGUACAGAUAUCAGCACCAUUUCACAACCGGUUUCCACUGUGAGUCCAGAUAUAAUCACUGGAUCCAGUAUCACCUUGAAUUAUGACCCGUGCAAAAACUACAGCAUACUCGACAACUACUGGAGAAGCAUAAUCAUUUACUGGUAUACGAAUGGAUAUGUAAAUAGACAUGAUGACACUCUUGUAGAAUGGGAUGGCUGGUAUCGACUCUUCAUUAAUGGAUCAAGUGCUCAGAUGCCUGAAUGGUGUGUGUCUUACAUGUCAUGUGGAGGUUAUAGUUCUCUGUGGAUUGGUGACUCUCAUCCUCGACUAGAAGAUGGAGUUGUUACUCGUGAAAUUUACGGCUCCCGUAAUGAUCAGUGCAGUCGCUACAGAUCUGAUCCAAUCCAAGUUAAAGCUUGUCCUGGAAAUUAUUAUGUCUACAAGUUUACCAGGCCAACUCUAUCAAUCCCAGCUCCUGUAUAUUGUGCAGUACCUGUCUCCAUCCCAAGUGUCGACCCCUGCUACAACUAUACCAGUCUGGAUGAGCCUUGGAGAGCCACUGACCAUUAUAACUUGGGCAUGUGUGAUUCUAAUGUGGAGUGGAAUGGCUGGUACAGGCUGUUCUACAAUGGUCAAAAUGCUCAGAUGCCAGAAUCAUGUGUUAAUCAGUACACAUGUGGCACUAGUGACCCACUGUGGCUCAACGGAUCUCACCCACAGCUGAAAGAUGGAGUGGUCACUCGUCAGGUCUGUGUCUCCUCAUGGAAUGGCUGCUGUACUUAUGCUUCCCACGCUAUAAGAGUCAAAGCCUGUCCAGGAAAUUACUAUGUUUAUGAGUUUGUCAAACCAAUAUUUUGCGGAGCUUACUGUGUAGAAGCCUCAAGUCAGUCCAUCCCAUCAGCGUCUACAACAACAGAGACAAUCCCAUCCAUACAAUCCAUUACUCCACCAAUCAUAACCACUGCUAUGAGAGAUCCUUGUUCUGAGCUCCACUGCUCUGAGAAUGAAAGAUGUGGGAUGAAAAACGGUGUUUACGGCUGUUUAUGUAAAAUACCACAACCACAUUCUGACUCUUUUGAAACCUGUGAAAGCAGCUCUGGCUCCAUGUCUGUGUCUCGCUGUCAGCUCUUUGAGGCUGGUUUUCCAGCUGAUGUCUUACACCUCAAUGAUCCCAGCUGCAAAGGAACGGUCCGGAAUGGCAGAGUGGAAUUCCAUUAUGAUAAUGAUGAACACAUCUGUGGUACAAAUCUUAUGGCUAACGGCAUCCACUUCAUCUAUGAUAACUUUAUUCUGGGGACACCGAGGUCAGAGAAAAUCCUGAAGCUUUCUUUCAGCUGUGUUUAUCCUCAAACACAAAUGCUUUCCAUGAAUGUGGAAAUCAACCCACUGGAGAGCAUUGUGCACAAGACUCUUCCCGCUGGUGAAGGCAGAUAUCGUGUCCGGAUGAUUCCAUAUCAGGAUGAUGAGUUUACCCGGCCCUUCACUGGUGCAGUGGAUGCAGAGCUCGACCAGGAGAUGCAUGUGGAAGUUCGUGUUGAGGGGGUCGACAGCCGCCAGUUUGCCCUGGUGAUGGACACGUGUUGGGCUACACCUGUGAAUGAUCCUGAUUACCGCCUCCGCUGGGAUCUCAUCGUUUCAGAGUGUCCCAAUCCAAAUGAUGACACACUGAAGCUGCUGCAGAACGGCGUCUCGACAUCCAGCCGUUUCUCUUUUGGGAUGUAUAUCUUCACUGCAAACUCCACUAAGCUUUACCUGCACUGUGCUGUUCACCUUUGCCCUCUGUCAAGCAAUCGCUGCUUAACGGACUGUGACUCUGGACACCAGCGGAGAGAGGGCAGGUCUCUGGACUUCCAUGACAGUGCUUCCAUAUCCAUGGGUCCUCUGAUGUGGUCUGAAGGGAUGUGAUGUGGUCAUAGAGCAUUACAGUAGGCUCCCUACCCUGAAUAAAAAUGUCACCAGGCCAUUACUCAAUACAUAGACAUUUCAGUUUGUGCUCAUGUACGAAAAAAUUCAAAUGACAAAUUCAAAUUUUCUGCCUUGUUUUUACUGAAUCAUUGAUAAAUCCAAUUUCAGAAGAAUUCUGUUUUUUGUUUACCAGUUUUAUGAAUGGCCACUCACAUGGCUAUGUUCACACUUUCAGUGUGUAUUCUUGAAAUUUCCUGUGCACACAGCAGCUUACAAUAGCGUCUCAAAUACUAUUUGAAUGAACAUGCAAAUCUAUGACCAUAUGACAGUGACCAAAGUACUAUCAAAGAUGGCGACAUAAAACUGUAAAGUCUUAUUAUAUGUGUAACGACAAAAGUUGAGGCACAAGUUCAUCUGUCAAAUUAACUGGCAGCAGAGUGAGAGCGGAGCAUUUGUGUCACGUCCAAACCACAAAACUCACGGCAGGAAAGCAGGAUAGUGACUGGAGUUAAAAAAAGAUAAGAUAGAGUGAGGCCCAGCCAUUGCUCAAAUAACCAACAUUAUUCUUGUAUUGCUUAGAUUUUAGUUUUUUAAUGCAAGAUGGUGAAGAGAAACUAAAUUUGAGCAUCUGAGGAGGACAUAGGGCUGGACAAUAUGAACAAAUAUGUCUCUUCUAUUGAUAGUCAUUUCAUUCUGUUGUUCCUGUUUUCUCGUUUCCUGUGUUUAGUUCCUGUUUCCUUGGUUGCCUGGGUUUCUGAAAGUGUCCUGAGUGGUUAGUAUCAUAACGAUAAAAGACUGUAAAAAUGCUACGGUGAAAAACAGUUAAUUGGUUUACAGAAAGUUUACGUACUUAUACAGUGAAUAACCGUAAUGUAAUUUUACAGUAAAAUACCGUUAAAUUUACAGUUUUUGGAAGUGAAAAAUAACAAGUCAUAUAAUUUACAGUGAAAAAACAUAAAAAUUGACAUUCCCACAUUCCCUGUGUGACACUUCACAUUUGAUGUAAUUUCGCUGAAAUAACUCUUAGUUUUUUCUAAUCAGUUAUGUACAUUAAGGUUUUAUGUUACAAUUUGCUAAAUUAAUAUUUAUUGCAUUUGUUAAAUUUCAUGUUGUGUUACCAUGAUGGU